AUGGCAAUCAGAACUGAAAUCAACAAGCCCUUCUUUGCGCGUUUCGACGCCGCUGCCUCCGACACUACCCAGGAAAAACUUAUCGCCACUAUCAAUCGCGACGGCGGCGUAAUCGUCGAGAACCUCAUCUCACGAGAUCUAGCCGAGCAAAUCAAAAGUGACCUAAAGCCGCACUUCGAUCGUGACACCCCAGACAAAUAUGGGUUCUUCCCGGUGACUACUCAGCGGGCCAGCGGCUUGUUAGGUUUCUCGGACGCCUGCGUCGAACUCGCCUGCAACCCUACCUACAUCGGCAUUGCCAACGCUCUCGUCUCUUCUAGCUACACUUUCUGGAGAGGCGACCACCAAGAGACUGUUAGUGGUAAACCGAUUAUUUCCUCGACGGUAGGGUUCCGUGUCAAUCCUGGUGGGAAGCAGCAGGUGCUGCAUCGCGAUGACAACGACUAUCAUCCGCAUGAUAAGAAGCUUCCUGUGAUGAUUGGUUGUGUCACAGCACUAACGAAGACGACGAAAGAGAACGGUGCGACUGUCGCCAUUCCCGGCUCACACCUCUGGGGCCCAGAGCGCCGUCCUCUUCGCGAGGAAGCCGUCCCUGCUGAGCUGGAGCCUGGUGAUGCCUUCAUCUUCCUUGGCAACUUGUAUCAUGGUGGUGGUUCAAAUACUACUCGAACCGAUUAUCGGGAAACAGUCGGUAUAUUUCUCUGCCAGCCGACUCUGCGUCCUGCCGAGAACCAGUUUCUGAUGGUUCCACUCGAAAGGGCGAGAAAGCUGAAGCCUCAGGCUCAGAGGUUGUUGGGAUACGGGCUCUGCGAGCCGGGUGUCGGGUUUAUGAAUUAUCAGGACCCGAUGAGAGUGCUUUUUGGGGUCGAAGAUGAGGAGACGGUCAACAUGUAA